CGUGCACUGUGGUUGCAGCUGGAGUUCAGCCCUUUCUCUCUCCCUCUGCAGACUGUGACUGUCCGGUACUCCCGGUUCUCGUCCUGCUUCCACCAUGAGCGACUCCUUCAUCGUCGCCAUCGACUUCGGCACCUCGUACAGCGGGUUCGCCUUCAGCAUGACGUCCCGAGAGGAGGACAUCGACCCCUACCUGCCCCCCUGGGGGGAAGAGGUCGGCUUGGAGACCCCCAAAACCCCCACCUGCAUCCUGUUUGAUGAGCACCAGCAGUUUGUCAGCUUUGGUUAUGAAGCCAAAGUGUCGUACGUCAAAAUGCGCGGAGACGACGCGCGAAAAAAGUUCUUCUUUGAAUGCUUCAAGAUGUCUCUCUAUGGAAAAAAACUCAGCAGUGAUCUGACCAUCAGAGCCGCCAAUGGGAAGUGGAUGAAGGGCCUGAAGGUGUUCACCGAGGCUCUGAGAUACCUGAAGGACAGCGCCCUGAGAACCAUCAACAACACGUCUGGGAGGAAGUUCAUUGCCUCCGACUUCAACUGGGUGCUGACUGUACCUGCCAUCUGGGAUCCUUCUGCAAAGCAGUUCAUGAGGAAAGCUGCCACUCAGGCUGGUAUUGUGACUAAAGGAAACGAAACUAAGCUGAUAAUUGCCCUGGAACCAGAGGCAGCCUCCAUCUGGUGCAAGAAGCUCCCAGCUGACGGUUUCACAGCACGGAGCCAAGGAGACAACACACUGGAGCAGUCUCCAGGGACACAAUACAUUGUCGUGGACUGUGGAGGUGGAACUGUGGACAUCACUGUCCAUGAAGUCCUGGAUGGAGGAGACUUGAAGGAGCUGCACAAAGCCUCGGGGAACAACAUGGGCGGACAAACUGUGGACCAGAAGUUCAAAGAACUGCUGAAAACAAUCUUCUGUGAUGGUGUGUGGGAAGAAUAUGAAAGGCAGUACCCCAGUGAGGUUCAGAAAAUGAUGUACGACUUCACUCUGUUCAAAAAGAAAGACCAGGAGGUGGAGAUCAGCUGUCCUUACAAUCUGGGAAAAUUAGCGCAGGAAGUGAAGGAUGUGGAAGCCUUCUUUCAAACGGUGAGCGGUGCUUCCUGGAAUGAGGGCUCCAUCCAAAUCUCUCGAGAGAAACUGAGGUCUUUCUUUAAAGAGAGUCUGAAUGGCAUCACUGCCAGUGUGAGAGAAAUGUUGAGGAAAGACCUCAACAUCGAGUAUCUUCUGUUAGUCGGGGGCUACGCCGAGAGUCAGAUUCUGCAGCAGCACAUCAUCAGUCAGUUCUCUGGUCAGUGUAAAGUUCUGUGUCCUUUCAGAGCCCAAGAGGCCAUUGUGAAGGGAGCAGUGCUGUUUGGGAGAACCCCGGAGGUGGUGGCAUCUCGCCAGAGUGCUUUCACUUACGGGCUUCAUAUCAGUAAUCGUUUCGAUGCGUCCAAGCACAGAGCAGACAAGAAAUAUACAAACAAAGAUGGCGAUUGGUGUGAUGGUAUCUUCAUGAAGCUGGUGGCCAUUAAUGAGAACGUGGCCUGGGACGACACUAGAGAACAUACCUUAACUCCAACAAGGUCUGAUCAGACCUUUAUGAACUUUCCAUUUUACUGCACAGAGAAAGAAAGUCCGUUCUACAUUGACGAAGAAGGGGUGGAGAAAAUAGGUUCAUUUAAGGUCAAUAUGCCCGACACGAGACUCGGCAUGAAGCGUGAAGUCAAACUGAAGCUCAAGUUUGGCUUCACAGAAGUGCUGGCCACAGCCACAGAUGUAGAAUCCGGUUCAACAGAGUCAAUUGAACUUGAUUUCAUGAGGAAGUUGUGAAGUUACCAAACUGUAGAAAAGUGCAUCAAUCCAUCAAUUCACCAGCACGAAGCUGCAGAGGCCAGUCAGAGGUCCACUUAUUCAGAGUGUGGACAGAGUCAGUGACUGGGUUAAAAUCUGUUUAAGAGUCUGUCAGCUGGUUUCUCAAAAGUCGGUGAAAUAUAAAAUGAAGCUAGUCUAUAAAUUUUGGAAUAAUAAAAGUGAGUCUUUCACAGUUAAUCUGUUUGGUGUUGGUGCAGGAUGUAGUGAUUAUGGCGACGCUCCAGUGAAUCCCAUUGGUGGUAUCACAUGCUUUUGUGGUAUUUGUCUUCACUGUUGCAGCGCCUUGUAAAUUAUAGAUGGUCCCUUAACACUGCAGCACUACCGGCUCCUCAACGAAAUCUAUGUUGCUUCUGCUGUGUGACAGACAGAUGCUUGUUCAGGUUCAGGUAGGCUGCAUCAUCUGCAGACCUGUUGGCUCGGUAGGUAAAGUGGAGGCAGUCCAGGUGUGUGUCAGUAAUGUGACUGCAUUUGUCCAAUAAUGUUCUACUCUCAUGUAUUUUUUCCAUAUCAAAAUGUUUCUUAUUUAUUUUGCUCACAAAAAAGUAAAUAAAAUAUAUUUUCAAUGUUUCA